AUGGAAUUAGCUGGCCUUGAUGAUGCUUUAAUGAAUGGAAAAGUAAGCUAAUUAACAAAAGUAUUUAAAACAAUACUGCCAGAAGAUGAUAAAGAUACAGAGUAAAUGUCCUAAGAAGAAUUAAAAUUAAUACAUUUACUAACACGAGUAGGCGACGUUAAUCGUCUUUUAAAAAAACUUCCUACAAACUCUCCCAUAUACUAUUAAAAACAAUAAGAAGUUAAUUAUUUAAAUAAACUUAAAGAUGAUUUAGAAAAAAUCAUAUAAGAAUAAAGAUAUUAAAAACUUCGUGAAGACUACAAUGCUAGUGGAAAGGCUGAUCCCGAAAAAGAAAGAUAAAUAAAAACCAGAAGUUAAUUAAUUUAAAAGUUAAAUAAUUUGCAUUAAGCCAGAAAAUAUAUGCCUAUGGAAGGCUUUACUAUUUUCUGGGAUUGGGCUGUAAAUGUUCCUAAAAGAUACUCUAGUGUAAAAGUAUAAUGGGGAUUAUUUAAAAGAAGUGAGGUUAUUGUGCCUCCUUAGUUUUUGGAGCAUAGACCUUUGUAAAUGUAGAGUUUUAAUACUAAGUAUGCUGUUUGGGGAGAUAGAGAUCAUGUUUAUGAUAUUAAAGGUAAUAAAGAUAUACUUUUGGUUGUUGAAUUGUAGUGCUUUUAUUUAGAUUAUGGAUAAAAGACUUAAAUGGAUGUUUAUGGAUGGUCUAUUUUGGAACUUUUUGAUAUGAAUUAGGACUUAAUGAGGGGUAAAUGGAAAAUUCCGUUUUAUUCAACAAAAAUUAACCCGAAUGUACUUGUUAGUUAAUCGAAAAAUUUACAAAGUUAAUCAAAUACAAUGCUUCAUUUAAGAAUCUGCUUCCCUUAAGACCUAGAAUUUGGGGACGAAUAUCCUUUACAUCCAUGGACUCAAGGAAAUGAAUUUUUUAUACCAGUUAUUCAUAAAAAAACAGUUGUCUAAGCAUCUAUAGAAUUAGAUUUAACUAAAUAGAGAUAAACAUCAACUAUUUUUAAUGAUUAAUAAGAUUCUUCUAGUGAAAGUGAAUCAGAUGAAGAACCAAAAUAAGAAUUUACAUAAAUGAAAAUGGAACCUUCGAAGAAUGAAUAGUAAAUUAAUAAUAAUAGAAACGAAAACAAAGGAUUGCAUAUUACAAUACAUAAUUUAUUAAAAUAUUUAACUGACAAAUGUUCUAAAAUAAAAUGUUUCCUUAUAGAUGUAAAAAGAGGUACUAUAAAAGAUGAUUUUGGUCGAGAUUGCUAAUUUGAAACUGAUGUAUAUGAACCACUUCGUCCUUCUAAAGAAAACUCAAAUAAUUUUGCUUAAUUAUUAGAUUCUAAAUUAAUAGAAGAAGGAAUUACAGUAAUGUAAGAAGAUUAUCAUUUUUUUGUCGAUAUUACUUCUUAUGCAUAUAUCCUUAUAGGUAAAGCAUGGUAUGCAUUUUCUCUUUUUGAAAAAGAAGUCUGUUAAAUAGGACAUUAUUAUAAAAAUAUGUACGAUGUUCCUAUUGUAAAACCUCCAUUCGAUGCUUCUAGUGUAAACUACUUUAAAAACUCAGAAAUAGACUUUUCAAUUAAUUAUUUUGACUUCGAUAAGGAUAAUAAGAAGUCUUAAGAUGAAAAAUAUGCAGAUAUAAGAGACUUGAAAGCAAAAUUGAGAAAAAAACCGUAGGUUAAGUCUGUAAAAGUUAGAAUUAAAGAAGAUUUAGAUGAUCUUUCUAAAGCUUUUCUUGAAAAUACACAAGUUUAGUACCUUGAUAAGCCUUUUGAAAAAGGAUAAGGUAUUGAUUUUUAUAUUGAUGCAGCUAGAUUUUUACCUGAUAAUGUUACUGUUUCGAAAAUUUCUUUGUCUAUUUUAAAUUAAAAUUUCGAUAAAUUUUUUGAUAAUGAUAGUGCUCUUCCAGAUUUAAACAGUGAUAUAUAUUCUCCUAAAUAUGGUUUUAGAAAAGAAUUAAGAGCUACUCAUUUCGAUCCUACUUUAUAGGCUUUUAUGGUAAUAGAAACAAUUGAUAAUAUGAACAAAGAAGUAAGAAUUGUAGGAUAUUCAAUAAUAAAUUUCUUCCUUAAUUCAAAAACAAAAAAGCAACCCACAGAUUAAUUAGAUAAUGAAAUUAUUUUAUAAAACGGAAAUUAUUAAAUUCCCAUAUUUUGCUAACAUCCUGUUAAAAUAAAGCCUUUUAAUAUUGAAAGAUUGUAUUAAUUAGAUAAAUUGCCAUGUGCCUCAUUAUUAGUAAGAAUAGUAAAUGCUCCUAUAAGUGCAGAUGGCUUUAGAGCACUUUCAUUAGAAGAUGUUCCUUAGCAAGAUUGGGAGAGAAUUGGUUUAAAAGUUCCUUAACCACCCUAUAGCAUCGAAAAGUAGGCUUUUUACAAUACUUCAUAUUACAGCCUUCGAGAUUCGGAAAAGGAAUUAUUUAUAAUAAGACUAAGAAGAAUAAGCCCGAAAACUCUUGAAGCCUUAAAUGACUUAAUGAAUCAUUUCGCGAAAAAAGACUUCGUUUAAAAACAAGAAGAAUUAAUCAAACAAACCAAUAGUUAAAAAAAGAAAAAGAAAAAAAAAGGGUAAGUAGAGGAAGAAAUACAAGAAUAACCUUCAGAAUUUAAUCCUAUAAAUAUAAAAGAAAUAAAAGUCAAAGAUGCAAAAGAAUGGAUUGAUAAAAAUAUUGUUAGAAGCCCCUAUACAGAUAUUAUAGAACUUCAAUAUUUCGCCUAAUAUAAACCUGAUGUAGGCUUUAAAUUUUCAUUAGAUGGUUUUCAUAAUAACCCACAUAAGGACUAUCCUAUUGUUGGCUUAUAUUGUUUAAACCCACCCGCAACUUUUUAUCUAGGAGGAGGUUACAAAAGGGAUGAAAUUAUGUUAAAUUCGGCUUAUAAUUGGUAAAGUCCGAUUACUUCGCCUUAAUUUACGGAAGGUUAUUUUACAUUUACUGGAGUCGAGUUUUAACAAAAUUUAAGUAUUAUUAUUGAUUGUAGGAAGGUUAUUUUUAAUAAAAAAGGAGAUUAAGUUUAUUUGGAAAACAUUGGAUGGACUUUAUGCCCUGUUUUUACUAAUAAUGGAUAUGUAAAAAGUGGAAUUUAUUAAUUGCCUAUUUUUAAAGGAUAAGUGCCCUUUGAUAUUUUGUAAAAAGCAAGUUAAUAAAACCCUUGGAUGGCUAUUUAAGAAGGAAUCAAAAAUAAAAAAAAUUCUGUUAAAUAUUAUGAAACUAUGAGUUGUAUUGUUAGAAUUUUAGACGCUUAAAGAGAUGGACAUUAUUAAAUACCUUUUGAUUAUACAAGAGUUAAUUAUAACUAUUUACCUAAAGAUAAAAUUGGAGAUUAUGCUUAUAAUUCAGCUAUUGAUAUCAAACUUAAAAAAGCAACUAAAAUGCUUAGUAUGGCUCAUAACAAAGCUAAAGUUAAUGAAUAUUAGGAUAAACUAACUAAUUUAACUUUAUAAACUUUAAAAAUAUACUGA